GCCUCGGGGAGGUGGCGCGGCCGGCGGCGAACGGGGGGGAGGCGGGAGGGGGGCUCGGCUCCCGGCAGCGGCGGCGGCGCCCGGACACCGCUCCAGGGCGGAGGAGGGGAAGGAGAAAGGGGCAGAGGAACCGGCCCCGGCCCCGCGGAGCCCCGGCGCUGCUGGCUUCCUUAAGCCAGACUUAAUAUUGAUAGAAUGAAAAAGUUUAAGAGGAGACUUUCCUUAACCUUGCGUGGAAGCCAGACCAUUGAUGAAUCAUUGUCUGAGCUAGCAGAGCAAAUGACAAUUGAAGAGAACAGCAGCAAAGAUAAUGGUGUGAGUAAUAAUGGAAGGAUCAGCUACAAUAAAGUGCAACCAAUUGUGAAGAAUGGCAGGCCUCCAACGUCUCACAGCAUGCACUCAUUUCUCCACCAAUACACAGGAUCUUUCAAGAAGCCCCCUUUACGGAGACCACAUAGCGUCAUAGGGGGCAGCCUCGGCUCUUUCAUGGCAAUGCCCAGAAAUGGGAGCAGAUUAGAUAUUGUUCAUGAAAAUCUGAAAAUGGGGUCAGAUGGUGAAAGUGACCAAGCUUCUGGAACAUCAUCUGAUGAAGUUCAGUCUCCCACAGGUGUUUGUCUCAGAAACCGGAUACACAGACGAAUCUCAAUGGAGGAUUUGAACAAGCGUUUGUCCCUGCCUGCUGAUAUCAGGAUACCUGAUGGCUAUCUUGAAAAGCUGCAGAUUAACAGCCCGCCAUUCGAUCAGCCCAUGAGCCGACGUUCUCGUAGAGCUUCACUAUCCGAAAUUGGAUUUGGAAAAAUGGAAACCUAUAUCAAGUUAGAAAAGCUUGGAGAGGGUACUUAUGCAACAGUUUAUAAGGGGAGAAGUAAGUUGACAGAGAACCUGGUAGCUCUGAAAGAAAUUCGCCUGGAACAUGAAGAGGGAGCACCGUGUACAGCUAUAAGAGAAGUGUCAUUAUUAAAAGAUCUGAAGCAUGCGAAUAUCGUUACGUUACAUGAUAUUGUUCACACAGACAAGUCUUUGACUCUUGUUUUUGAAUAUCUGGACAAGGAUCUGAAGCAGUACAUGGAUGACUGUGGUAACAUCAUGAGUAUGCACAAUGUAAAGCUGUUUUUAUACCAGAUUCUUCGUGGUUUGGCUUACUGUCAUAGAAGAAAGGUGUUGCAUCGAGAUCUGAAGCCACAAAAUCUACUAAUUAAUGAGAAAGGAGAACUGAAGCUAGCAGACUUUGGAUUGGCUAGAGCGAAGUCUGUUCCUACGAAGACUUAUUCCAAUGAAGUUGUCACGUUAUGGUACAGACCACCUGAUGUUCUCCUUGGAUCUUCAGAAUAUUCAACUCAAAUAGACAUGUGGGGCGUUGGAUGCAUAUUUUUUGAAAUGGCAUCAGGAAGGCCUCUCUUCCCUGGUUCAACUGUUGAAGAUGAGCUGCACUUAAUUUUCAGGCUUCUAGGAACCCCAUGUCAAGAAACAUGGCCAGGUAUUUCUUCCAGUGAUGAAUUUAGAAACUACAACUUCCCUAAAUAUAAACCACAACCCCUAAUCAACCAUGCACCAAGGCUAGACACGGAAGGAAUUGAAUUGAUAGCGAAGUUCCUUCAAUAUGAAUCAAAGAAGAGAAUUUCAGCAGAAGAGGCCAUGAAACAUGCAUACUUCAGAAGUCUUGGAACAAGAAUACAUACUUUGCCUGAAAGUGUUUCUAUAUUCAGUCUAAAAGAGAUUCAGCUGCAAAAAGACCCUGGCUUUCGAAAUUCCACUUACCCAGAGACAGGACAUGGGAAGAACAGAAGGCAGAGCAUGCUUUUUUAAAGUGGGCGGUGCAGAGUCAAGCCCAAGCCUAUCCUAUCAAUCAAGGACUUGGAUCUGAAGGCAGUGCUCUCUUUUGGUGGACUUGGAAUCGCAGUUUGUCUACACUGUCCUCUUCACAGUGGAGUCUUUUUAUUUCCAACCUGCAGAUUAUGUUUUUAUAUUUGUUGUCACAGUGUGACAAUUUUUUGUACAGUUGGUUUUAAGGUCUCCUCUGCCACUAGAGCCAGUAGGUUACAGCUGUUGAUGUAACUGUAGCUGCAAUUUUUGUGCAGGACUGAGAAACACAGUGCAUUAUUUAUUGCGGAAUCAUUGCUGCUAAAUAACUACUGUCUGUAUAGUUAACACAACAGUUCCAUGCCUGAAGAAGUUGCAAUGGCUUUAUAAUAUGUGAAUGCAUCUGUUUCUCUUCAUAAAACGUUCUAUUGCUGCAGGUUUUUUUGUAUUUCUUAAACUGCAGUGUUUCCUGGAAUGUAAACAUAGCUUUGCUUGGCUAUAGGUGAACCAUCUUUAAUGCUCUAAGUUCAUGGCACUUAAUUCCUUAUUUAACAUUGGAAGUAUGUGUUGAAAUAGUUGAAAAAUUAUAAUGCAUAUUAUGUUUUUGAAAAGCACAUGGUGUGAAAGUUGAUUCAAACAAGUGAAAAGUAAUUAUUAUUUGCUCUCAGAUCCUAUAUUAGUUAUUGAUAAAUUAGAGCAUGGAGACUGGAUAAUAAAUUUUGUCAGGCUCACUCCAGCAUAAGAUAUUUGCACAUUGUUGUGCAUAUGGGACCUGACAGAAGCAAUGACUUUUUUUACCUUGUUUUUAACUUAGAAAUACAAAUAGUAAAAAAAAAAAAAAAAAAAAAAAAAAAAAGAAGAAAAAAAAAGAUUCAUAUAUGUUGGACCCUGGCUUAAUUUUGAAAUUUUGGAUCUUUUCAUUACAGAGAAACAGGACGACUAAUUACAAGAACAUGGGAAUAAUGUCACACUUUUCCCACCCUGUUGCUCUCCCAUUUGUGCAUUAUUCACUUGAAAUCAACUGGAAAGAUGCAAGUUUGUACUUGAUAAGAACUCACUAUACUACAGAACUUUUAAAAUGGGAACUUAGAGAGUUUCUCAGAUCUUAGACGUUAUCUGUUUACCAGAGAUAGUAAACAUGUUACUACUAUGCUUAUGCAUCUCAGUGAGUAUCAUAAGUACACCCUUGGUGAUGGUUACAGUAUUUUUAAGCAUUUGUGUUCACCUUUAUGAACCUAUUUGUUUAGUGCAUCUUAAAGAGACUGUAAAUCUUUAUUGGUAUAUUUUGAAAUGGUCAUGUAAAUCUUUGGCUGGUAUAUCAUGGAAAUAGUCAUAGGUAACUUAAUUUUUCCUGACAUUCACUGUAAAACAUUCAGGGGUCCUACCAUUUCUGUUCAGGAAAUCUUGUAGUUUAUUGUUAUUUAACAGUAUUAAGUGAAUUUUUGUAUAUUUCAUUUUAACUUUAUUUGUGAAUAGUGAUUGUGGCAUGUUUGGGGGUGUUUUAUUAAUAUUUCAUUGAUACUGGUAAAUUUGAAUUGGGAUUUUUUUUUUAUUAUUUUCUGGAAGAGAGAAGUUAAUGUGUAAUGGUGACUAUUGGACCACUACUGCUUUUCAGCAUUUGUAAACCGGUUUUACGUUAAAUCUUGUAGACCUAACAAACUGCUGUUAUUUCUAACUGACCGACCUGUAUUAAUAUUGUACUUUUGAAAGUAUAAAUAUUAUGUGGAA